AUGGGGGAUGAAGGGCUACCGACCCAUGAAACUCACAUAGGGCUGCAAGAAGGCCUCCCCGCCAUCGAAGCAGUGUUCACGUCCAGAAGUGCGGACGCACGCAGACAGAAGCUGGAGGUGGACAGGAAGGAAGGGGGUGGGGCUGCUGGCUGUGCGGUUCCCGCCACACACCGCGCCAGUCCCGCCGCCGCCAUGCUCGCCGCCGCCAUGCUCGCCGCCGCACUGCCGCUGCUGGGGGCGGCGCUGGCCGCCGCCGGCCCGCCCCUCGCGCGCACCUCCUCGGGCUCCCUGGCGGGCCUGGAGCUGCCCACCGCCGCCGGCCCCGCCGCCGCCUACCUGGGCGUGCGCUACGCCGCGCCGCCCCUGCGCUUCCGCCCACCGCAGCCGCCGCCCGCCGCCCCCGACCGCCGCGUGGACGCCACGAGGUUCGGAGCCGCCUGCUACCAGCCGCCGCACCUCACCGAGCUCAUGUACCCGCAGCUGACGCUGCGGGAGAAGGACCGCAACGUGUCGGAGGACUGCCUGUUCCUCAACAUCUACUCGCCGGCCAGGCCGUCAGAGGGCGCGCCGCGCGCCGUCAUGGUGUGGCUGCCUGGGGAGGGCUUCAGCUUCGCCGACGCCGCGCAGUUCGACGGCUCCCACCUCGCGGUCCGCGGCGACGUCAUCGUCGUCACCGUCAACUACAGGGUCGGAGUGUUCGGGUUCCUGAGCACGCGCAACAGCUCGGCGCCGGGCAACCUGGGGCUGAUGGACGUCGUGCAGGCGCUCCGCUGGGUGCGUCUCAACGCCGCGGCGCUGGGCGGAGACCCGGAGCGCGUGACGCUGUUCGGGCGCUUCACGGGCGCCAUGCUGGCCUCGCUGCUGCUCACCAGUCCCCGCCUGCUGCAGCGCGCCGCGGGAGCUCCCAGGCCCCUCGUGGCCCGCGUCGUGCUGCAGAGCGGGGUCGCCUCCUCGGGCUACGUGCUGGACCCGGACCCCGGCAACAGGACCGCGGCGCUGGCGAGGCUCGCCGCCUGCACGGGCCCCCACGAGCAGGUGAUGCGCUGCCUGCGGGAGCUGCCAGCCGAGCGACUAGACGAGCUGUCCUGGAAGGUGCCCAGGCUGUGGCGCCCACACGUGGACGGCGACCUGGUGCCCGCCGACCCCCUGGUCUCGGCGCGCCGCCGCUCCUACCACCGCUUCGUGCAGGUGCUGCUGGGCGAGACGAGCGGCGAGGGCUCCCUCUGCCUGCUGCAGCACUUCUUCCUGGAGACCGAGUUCGCGCAGCCCAUCCUCGCCGACAACGUGACGCGGCGGGAGUUCGCGCGCCUCGUGCAGGAGCACGUCUACGACUACCUCAAGGUGAAGGAUCCCUCGGUGCUGGAGGCCACGCAGCACGAGUACCGGCCCUGGCCCCCGGACAGCGGCAGCUACCGGGACCACUACCUGCGGCUGUGCGGCGCGCUCUACACCCGGGUGCGCUCCGAGCAGCUGGCCCGCUGGCUGGCGCGCUCGGGCUCCGCCGUGUGGCGCUACGAGUUCGCGCACCGGCCCAGCGCCUCGCACCACCCGCCCUUCAUGGGCGCCGCGCAUGGCGACGAGGUGUUGUUCGUGUUCGGCCUGCUGGACCCGGGCGCCUCGCCGCCCGACGAGCUGCGGCUGCAGGAGCGCGUCAUCGCCGCCUGGACCAACUUCGCCAAGACCGGGAACCCCAACCCGGUGCCGGGCGGCGACUGGUGGCCGCAGUUCCUGGACGAGGGCAGGCAGAUGUACGUGCUGGCGGCGCCCAACGACUCCGUCAAGUCCAGCGAGUUCCUGUCCCGGGACCUGGACUUCUGGGGCGCCGUGGUGCCGCGCCUGCUCAGGCACGCGCACAGGGCCCGGCAGCACCCGGGCACCACGCCGGCACCACCCUGCGGCAGCACCACCUCCUUGCCGCUGCUGGUGCUCAGCCUGGUGCUGGCCACGGCCCUGCUGCUCAUCUGCUACUACCUGUUCCACCGCGCGAGGCCCCCAGGCGCCGCGCUGCUGCACGAGAUGGUGCUGCAGUAGCUGCCGGCACCACCUGGCUGCCUGCUGCUGCUACCUCUGGCACCAUGCUUCAACCAGGCCGCUUCAGCACAGACGGUGAUGACUC